GUCACGGAGCUUUGUGCCGGUGGCUCGUUGGCGGAACGCUUGGAGCAGCAGCGGAGGAGGGACCCGGUUCGGGGGACGGGAGCGACAGAAGACCGAUGGGACCGGGACAGAUGAGAAACGACAUUCAUUUCAGCCUGGUCAGCUCCAAACUGGAUUUCGUUUCCUGGACCAAACGGCUUCUUCAGACGGUUCAACGCUAGAGUCCUUGCAUUUCCCUUCCAAAAGUAAUCAAGCUUGCAUGGCUCAUAGAAGGGUUUGGAGCAACUCGGAAGUCAUGCCAGCAGUAGCAAGAAAUGCGUAGAUAUUUGCAUGUUGCUUGUCACCGCAGAAGCACUUUGGUACGAGCUACAGUCCUUUGCUGGAAGACCUGUUUUCAACGGUCACCAUGCUGCGAGUCAUUGCGGGUGCGGUGAUCAUGGCGACCUCUUUCACGUUGAUGGGCUGUGGUGGGUGCAAUCAAGAUGCUUUGACCAGCUGUGCUCAGACGUACAAUAGUGAUCCAACGAUUUCCGCAGGGACAGAUGCAGUUUGCAAGACAUGGCAGACGUACACGAGUUGCGUCAAGGAUGCAGCAUGCUGUGACUUCGACAUUGAAUCAGACGGUACCACCAAGGCAUGGAAGGACUACUUGGACUCCUUGCUCACGAUGAAAGACAGCCUGUGCACAGGCAGCAACGCUGUGAGCAACCAGUGCAGCUGAGCCAGAUGUGCUCAGAAGUCGAAGAGUUGGCGUGAUG